AUGAUCGUUUUAGAAGCCGAGAUACUCGCUUCCCGAUUCGAUUAUUGCCCGAGUCUUAGAGCCGUUUCAAAAGACAAAGGGAAAAGGGAGACCGGGCCUUUACUCAUUUUCCCCCUUCUCUCUGAGCUUAUUCGCAGGGCGAAACCAGGAGAAGACGACGCAGGCUACCCCGCCUCUCUCUCAAUCCUCGUUCACUUAUCCCAUUCUUCAGCAUCUGAAAGAGAUCGGGACCUUGAUCGACACGGGGGCGUACACGAAGGAGGUACGUCGGAUCGUUCGUGCCGUCUGCCACACGAUCGCGCUGCGCCACAAGCUCACUGCGCCAGUCCUCUCGGCGUUCCUUCACCACAUAUUAGUGUCUGGGUCGGACGUCUUGGUUCGGUUGUGUUCCUACCUUGCGAAAUCUUACCUUCUAAAAAGCAUAGGGUGGAAUCGCCUGGGUGCUCGGGGAGGAGGGAUUUUGCUAAAGCGGGUCAAGUUGUUGUCAACUAUAACACACGAGUGCUUCAAAAUGACAUCCGUACCCAUGUUGACAUAGGUGCGGGUGCAAAUCUCUACUUAAUUUUCUAUACACUCUUUUCUGCAAUUGUUGGCUUCUUGCUUGGGGCAAGUGAUGGUCUAGGCGAGGACUAUAUUCAGAGAGACAAGGCAUAUGCUGCCAAGUUUGCUCCAUUUUGGAAUGAGAUUGUGAAAACCUUGCGGGAGGAAGACUAUAUCACUAAUUUAUACCUUUUGCAGAGAAGUGCACUGGAGUUGUUUAUGAUCGACCAGUCAAACUUCUUUUUUGAUUUUGGGACUGCUGAAGGACGCAGAAACACAUAUGGAGCAAUUGUUCAAGCCCGACCACCUCAUCUAAAUAACAUAUAUUUGACAACACAGACCAGAACAGCUGCUCAAGCGAACUCAGCUUAUGGGGCGUUGGUCUAGGUGGGAGGUAAAAUUUUGAUUGAAACAUUGAUGUGAUUCUUUCUGUAACAGUGAAGCCCAGAUUAUUGCCUUCUUAUGAAAUAAUGUUUGAUGCAGAUUAGCAAUUUUGAGUAUCUAAUGCAGCUAAAUACUCUUGCUGGGCGGUGUUAUAAUGACAUCACUCAGGUUUUUGUCAAAUAACUAUGCAAGCCUGUUUGUUCUUUGAGAAUUUGUCUUACAAGUUGCCUCUUGUAACAGUAUCCUGUUUUCCCUUGGAUUCUUGCGGACUACUGUUCAAAGGAUUUAGAUUUGGAUGAUCCAUCUUCAUACAGGGACCUUUCCAUAUCCUUUCAUUGCUUCUUAUGAAGCUUGUUGUUUCUUUAGUUCGAGCUUUAUGUAUUUGUUUUUAAAUUUAGAUAUAUGUUCUAGCAGCCCACUGGUGCUCUGAAUGCUGAACGCUUGGAAAAAUUUGUAGAAAGAUACUCCAGCUUUGAUGAUCCAACUAUCCCAAAAUUCCACUAUUGCUCACAUUAUUCUAGUGCUGGAAACGUAUGUCCUAUUUGAUCUCUUGUUUUCUCCAUCAUUUUGAGUUCAAGCAUGAACACAAAUAUGAUGGUCCUAUUUCUACCGUACAGGCAAGUACGGCUAAGUUAUAAUCCUGAUUUGGCCAUUCUUGCAUUUGCUUGCUUUUUGAAGUUGUAUGAUGGGAAUCCAAAAUUGCUGCAUAUGUAUGUCCUUGUGUGUGUGCGCGUUAGACAUUGUGUAUGUGUACUAAUCUUUUUAUUUCCCUUUCCAGCUUCGACAGUUGCUUGGCCUGCCAUGGCAAUUAACUGGAUCUUCCUUUCUAUCUUUAUUGGUACUGUUUAUUCUUUCUUCUGAUGCUUAAAUGGCAGUAUCUGAAUUGUUUAUGUUUCUGGUGUUUCAGGCUCUUAUUUCACUUUGUGGGUUGCUAGCUUGUCAUAUAAUUGGUUUACUUUGGGUACUGCACAGUAAGCUCUUGCUGGUCCAGAAAUAACAGCACACAGAAUUUGAAAUUUUUGUACCUUUGUUAUUUGCCAGGAGAUUAGAGGCUAACUCUCUGUGCAUGUUAAGGUGCUUACGAGCCAUUCCUUUUGGAAGAAUCAUGUUUUUCGUCCAUUUUAUUGUCAUGUAUGGAGCAAAUUCUGAUGGCCAAAACGUUCCAAGAAAGAGAAGGCACUGAAUUCAUGCCCAUUUAAGAGCAAAAACGUGCUGGACUAGGAGGAGUUUACUCCACUACCGAGCUAUAUAUGUUGACUGAUCAUUCCACAGAUUUUCGUGAUACCUGGGGGUUCUUAGAAGCUCGAAUAAAAGAUGCAAUUGAUCUACGGAAGUCAGUGCAUGAGGUAAUGAAUGGGAUAGACUUUCAUGCCUCGGCAGUUUCUUUUUGUUGGGUGGUAUCUGAAUUUUUUCUCACUGAUGAGCUGAUGAUUUAAUCAUUUUAAAGUCGCGGUGAACUGCGUCAGAUGGAAAGACAAGGUAGUCACUGGCUUAAAUUGAACAAUGGUGUUGGCUGCAGAAGCAUGCAGUUAAUGAAUGGGAAAGGGAGAUCAAAGAAUAGCUAAACUUGUAAGAUGGCUUUAGCUAUGAAUUAUCUAGUUAAUGAGUCUGAGAAUACAAUUACUAACAAUAAUAAUAGUGGUCUCUAUGGAGGUGUGCAAAGACUUUA